AUGGAAAAUAUCAGCGACGAGGAAGCGAGAGCACUGGCCGCAAACUUGAUAACGAAAAUGCAAAAGUCCAUUCUGACACCAGAUGAUGAUGUCAGAAACUCCUCUGUCGUCACAACUUCUUUCGGAUCAAACGUUAAGCCAAUUCAUGCAAAUCACGAAGUUUGUGAACAAAAUUGUCAAGUCGAAGUGUUUAAUUCUCGUCAUCGAGGAACUUGCCAUCAAGAUCCAAACAUUUCUUUGAGUUUUCAGAAGUUUGCAGUUAAUGGAGGUAGUGGAGAUGCUCUCGUGCAGAAUGUCACGUCUUUCGAACGUUCGUCAAAACAAUAUAAAUCGAAAGUUUGCCAGUCGAAUGAAUCACCUAGAGAUGGAGGACCAGAGAAAGUCUUAAACGGAGAAACAAGUUCUAAUAGUUCUCCAAGAGUGAACGUUUCGUUUAUUCGCCAAAAGCGUUUAGCUUUCUUCGACAACAGUCUUGGAUCGAAGGGGAGGGAAGAAGAUUUAUUGCACGACAGUAACCGUAAUGUUUUGACCAAUAUUAAUGGCAACAACUCGCCCGAGUUAGAAGCUCGUACGUGUAGUUCCUCAAGUACAAAGCAGUUUGAUUUAACUUCAAAGUACAACAGUUACGAGAAACAGGAUUCAUUUGAUGGGAUGUAUCAGUCGAGAUCGUCAGAAACGCCUUUCUCGUUACCUCCUGACAAGGGUACCAGCAUGCCUUACCCAUAUAAGUCACCUCCAGUGACAGGAGUGGAUCAUGAUGAAGAAGACAUUAGACUGGAGUUAUGGGGCUUAAAAGAGGCUGUGCAUUCUGGAGAGCUUGAUAUAAACGCAUAUCUCAGGAAGCCAGCGUGGAAAGAUGACUGCCUUUCAAGCUCAUUUGCAGGAAAAUAUAAUAAGGGGAAUUAUUAUUUGCACUCUGGUGGUAAAGUAUCAAGCUGUGAGAGAAGUAAACCCAUCAAAAUUUCCAAAAGUCCCCGCAAAAAUCAAUAUCUACGUUAUACUGAGGAUGAUCAUGGUGGCAAAUUUGGGAAUGAAUUAAAUGCUGUUGACAGUGGAUAUUAUUCAGAAGAACACAGAGUGUAUUACAAUCCUGGACAAAUUUCUCAUGGAGAACAUGUCUCAAAUGGAUUUAGUUGUACUGAGCCACAGAUAAAUGGCCCACUCUAUUAUGGUUUUGAAACUUCUGAUUCUGAGAGUAGUUUGUUAAGUUUUGGCUCUAAGUGUGAUGAUGUUCAUUACCGUAAAGUUGUCAAAAAGCAAGAUCCUCUUGUUAGGGAACAAAGUUUACAUGGAAGGCAGCCACAAAAUGGUCACAAGAAACAAGAGAGAAAAGCCAAGCCUAAGAGAGGCAAAGACAAAAUUCUUGUGGAACUGACUGAGUUUAUCAAAGAAUCAGGAACUCCAAAAUAUAGAAAGGAUUCAAGAGAGAGUAGAAGAUCAUCUGAUGUUACAAAUGGAGAAAAUGGAUUAGACAUAGGUUCACCAACUGCUUUGAAGAAUGGUUUAGUGGAGGAAGCCACUGUGACAAAUUCAAAUCAUGUCCCAACAAUGGAAAGCAAAGUUUGUGAUGAAAGUGUGGCUGGUUUAAGUGAUCAUCUCAAACAAAGUGACAGGAUUAAAGAGCCUGGGGAAAAUCCAGGAAAUGUCAUGGGAAAGAUUUGUCCAAAGUGUGAUGAAGUCAACAGCAGGGCUGCUAAUUGGUGUAUUGAGUGUGGUACAGCACUAAUUUGUAUACAAGCAUCUUGUUUAACCACCCAACAGCAAAAGCACUUUGAAAAGCAAUGUCUGGAGACCCAAGCCUUAAUUAAGGAAACUUUGAAGACACCAACAAACUUGUCUCACAUUUUGCCAAAUGAUAAGGCUUUGAAAGAUGAAAGCUCUUUGAAUAAUGACAUAUCCAGUCUUUCUCUGCAAGUCUCUCAAAGCACCAAUGAUUUACAAGAGAGCAAGUACUCCUCUAGUCCACAUGGCUACAAACGUCGCUGGAUACGCUCCAGUAUUGCAUGGAGUAGUUACCAUUCAAAAGAACUUUCAAAAAGUCCCUCCUUUGUCAAAGAACAAGGCAACAUGAAAGAGAGGAAUAGAACAACUUCCUUUUCAGAUCUUGUGUCAUGUUCUGCAAAUGAGAAAGUUGGCAAACAUAAGAGACACGGUCGAAACAGAUCUACAAGGCAAAGAACAGUGAGUUGUAGCUCAUUUGGAGCUGAAGAUGAAAGAAGAAGACCUGAUCAAAGGUCAAACACUAAUUUGGUGAAAGACUUUCAGAGAGAAAAAAAUCCUAGGACUUGUGUUGUGGAGAGGUGGAGUCCUUCUGUUGGGAAACAGAAUGGAAGAACAAAGAAAGCACAACACAACAUUGAUGGGAAAAUUCCUCUGGAAACUCAGUCAUGUCCAAGCCUGCUGAAGGUGUGUAGUGUGUGUAUGAUAUGUUUAAACUAUUUGUUGAUUUUAAAUUUUUCUAAAUCAAAGUAAUCUUUAUUUUGCAUUGUUCAGGUGGCAAUAUUGAAUAUCUAGAGAGGAAAUUAUUGCUAUUUGGUGGAAAAAUUGUGGUAAAAGAAGAAGUCGGAGCACAUAAUGUUCUUUGUUAUUGAUCUAAAGAUCCCUUUGUUGUAUUGGUGGUUCAACUUCUUUCAUGAAUGAAUGAAUUAAAUUAUUCUGUUUCUAGAGCUCAAGUGUUUCAUCUCUGAACAAUGAGUCAAAGCCUGCCAUGUCACAAGUGGCCCAGGCUAUUGUACCACCUCUGAAUCUACAAGGUAAGGAUCUUUUUUUCUUUCACUCCUAGCCAUGACCAAGACAUAAUUAUUUACUCCUUACAAAAUCCAUAGAAAAACAAGCAGGCAAGUGAUGAGAAUGUAGAAAAAUGUCAAUUAGGUGAUACAAUUUAUUAUUUGAUCUAAUACCAAAUUCUCCAAACUAAAAGUACAAGCAAUGUACUGUACAUGUGUAUGGUAGGCAGUAUGGAGAAUUACUAAAGAGAUCGUGGGAGUGAAAGGGUUACUGGCAUGGUUUUUGUAGUGUUCUUGGGCAAGACUCUUUAUUUAGUGGUGCCUCUCUCAACCCAGAAAGAGUACAAAUGAUGUCUAUGAACUCCCAAACAAACUUAUUGAUUUAAGGGUGGCUGGGUAGGGAGUGGGGGUAGGGGUAGGUGGGGGUAGGGGUAGGUGGGAGUAGGGGUAGGUGGGAGUAGGUGGGGGUAGGGUAACCCCACAAUGAACAAGGAAGGGUGGACAUUAAAGCAACACGGCCCUUAGGAGUUAAAAAUAUAUAAAAUAUAUAAAAAAAAAUAUAACAUUUAAAAAAAUGGAUUUUUCUGCAUGCAAGAUACUUCUCCUUUUACUCAGUCUCCUCACCAUUUGGAGGGGUAUACAAAUACUUCGGCAGAAGAACCUCUUUUGGCAUAAUACAUGAAAGGAUGUGUUUUUAGGCUCACAGGAAUGACAGCUAUCUGUACAUACUUGUACAUGCAUUACAUGUAGUUAAGACUGUUUAUUUGUCUGGCAUUGUAGAUGUACAGGUGUGCAAUGUAGAACUAAUGAGCAAGUACAGUAUAAACAUAUGUACAACAUACUUUACAUAAAUGAAAACAACAACAGUGUUUUCUUUUCCUUUUUCAGAUGUUGAAAGUUAUGACAGGAUUUUGACUCUGGUAAGUUGUUUAAGUUGUCCUUUUUUUUUGCAUGUGUUUUUUUUUAAAUUUUGAUUCCAGAUGCACUGCCCUUGAAAAUUAUUGCACCUUACAGGUUGUAGUAUACAUGGAUGUUUGGAUCAGGAUUGGAAAUACAUACAUAUACACAUACACCAUGGAAUCCCAAUUAUUUUAAACCACUUUUUGGAAGUUGCUCAAGAUUGGGGAUGAAAUUGUACAAUGUAGUGUAUUACUGGAAAGUGAGCUUGUUUUGGUUUUAUUUGUUGGAAGUCUAGAGAUGCUGACUGUCCUGGAAAUAGAGAUUGGGUAGCAUUUGUAACAUGUAUGUGGGGCUUGUUUGAUUCUGUUUUACCAUGCAGCAAUUGUUUCAUUUUUCAGAUUCGUUCUCAGCGAGACAGUGAUCCAGUUCCUUACCUUUACCUUCCUGAUGAGCUUGUGUUGUUGAUUUUCUCUUUUUUACCACACAAAGACUUGGUAUCUUGUUCACGAGUGUGCUGGCAGUUUUAUCGAAUCUCCAUGGAUGAAUCUUUGUGUAAGAGCUGUUUAUCUUUCUUCAUGUUUUUGCCUCUAUAUUGCCACUGAAAGAAUUAAAAUUUCCUCUCUCAAAAGCUUUAGAAUAUUGCAAAUGCUUUUUCUAUGCACCUACUUGUGAAGUGCACAGUUAAUAUACACAACAGUAUUCAGCUAGAUUGAAAAGUGUGAUUAAAUUUAGUAUGUCUUGGGUUUUAGGGAAAGUUAUUGUGGUGAAAAAGAACAACAACAUAACUGAUGAAUGGUUACAUAUUAUUGGCCAGCGUCGACCCGUCAGUUUGACUAUUUCUCAAUGUCGUAGUGACAAAGUUACAGCUAAAGGCCUGAGAGAUUUGUUCCGCAACUGCUGUGAUUCAUUAGAGGUAUGUUGUUGACUUUUCUUUGUUAGUACUAAGAUAUAAAUGAGAAUUUGUCUGUUAAUCAUAUUUCAUUAUUUUUGUGUUAGGGUGUUUCCUUUUAAUAUUGUGAUUUAGUGUAUACUGAAAAAGUGGUCAGAAUUGAAGGUUCGUUCUGAAUGGGCAGAACCUCUGAGCAACUCAUGCCCAAAAAUAAUGUAAUUUGUUGCAGGAAUUAAUGAGUUAAAAUCAUCUUUUUGUGCUAUCUCAUCAUACUGUUUUAGUAUAUAACAAAACAACUGCAUGUGUAGUUACCCCAGUGGCCUGUGAUGGGUCAGCACUUUGUGGCUUGGUAAAUAGCCACCACUAGUUGUUUGGUGUAAUUCUGGUAGCUCUUUACAUGCCAAUCUAUAAACAGCUGUGCUGAUGUACAUGUUGCAUUUUUCCAAUUGAAUUAUGAAUAUUAUAGUAACCCAGAAUAUACGAAAGAACUGUCACUUUGGUUUUGGAUUCCAUAUAACAGUUCAAACUGUGAAUGUACAGUAAUAAUAAUUAUGAUGUAAUUUAUAAUUUGUGGAGAGGGAUUUAAUGAUCCAGUGCACAGUAACAACAAAUUUUCUUCAUCUACCUUCAGGAGCUGAAUUUCAGUCGGUGUGGUGGCAGUGAGUUGAUUGGUGAGUCUAUACUGCUGCAUGUUGCCGCACGCUGUCAGUGGCUGAAGUCUGUUGAUGCCAGCUGGAGCAAUGUUAGUGACAAUGGAGUCCAAGCAUUGGCAGAUAAUGUAAAGAGGUGACUACAAAGUGCUCUGAUUAAAAAAAAAUAUAUUUGUGCAGCUGUACCUACAUGUGUACAGCUAUAGUUCCUGUAGAAGAAAUAUGAUUUUUUUCAGGAAACAUAUCCAUGUACAUGUAAUUUUUGUCUCUGUUGUCAAAAAGCAAAUACAAAAAUACAAAGAUUACCUGGAUUGAAGAUAUCUUUAUUAAGUAACUGACAUUAUGUAAUUAUUUACAAAAUUUUCAUUGGGUUUGCUGCAACUCAAACAUGGUUGCAGCCCUUUGAAAAACAAGUCAUGUGAAAAAUUUGGGAGAGAUAAAUUGUAUAGGGUUUUCAGUCAGAGUAUACACACUGUACUUCUCAAAGGAGCUUUUUUCGAACCUGUGCAUCAUUAAAAUUUUUCAACUUUUUAAAUCUCUGUCAAACAUUUAUCUUCAAUUUAUUUCCAUUCUUUUUUGGUAUACUGUAUUAUUUCAGUAGUGAUUACUUUUUUCACAUUUUCAAAUGUUCAUAUAUUUUUGAUUACUGUUCCUUGUCACAUAGAAGGUAACUUUGUAUGUGGCCCUCACAUUGCACAUGGCUACAUGUAAACCCUUUAACUCCCAUGAUCUAACUGUCAAUUCUCCCUUCCAGCUACUGCAUAUUUCCCUCGAAAUUAGUUACGACAAUUUGGUGUUAGAUCAAGAUAACAACUUCUAUCUGAUAAGUUUGAGUAUUCUUGUUACCUUUUUACUGGAUACUGUAUGGAUGUUAUAGAGAGAAGUUAGUUGUUAAUCACCUCUGGGAAUUAAAGAGUUAAAUGACGUGUACAAGUGGUAUACCAUUAUCAUCGUGUAGAUAACUCAUGAUGUAAAUUAAUACAAUGUUGCUACAGGUUGGAGUGUCUGUGCCUGAAUGGCUGCCAAGCAGUUACAGAUCAGUCUAUAAAGUGUGUGGCAAACAAACAUGGCAGUUGGUAAGUUCCCUGUGUGAUUGAAAGUUAAGGGAGACAUGUAUUGAAGUAAUGUUAAUCAAAUACCAGGAAUCUUUUCAAGCAGGUGCCCAUAAACCAAACUACAGGACAUACACAGGACAUACAGUUGAAUUUCCUUAAUUUAACCCUGUUACUCCCAUGAGUGACCAAGACAGAAUUUUUCCCUAUAACAUCAAUACAACCAGAUAAGUGAUGAGAAUAAAGACGAGUAUUAAUUUGGAGAUAAUUAGUUGAUCUGAUGCUAAAUUCUCUCAACUAACAUUAUAAGAAUUGUAUGGUUGACAGUAAGACGAAUUACAAAAUUGAUCUGGGAGUUAAAAGGUUUAGCAGAGGAAAUUGUACACGUACAUGACUGAGUUGUAGUUUUGCAUGUAAUUUAUUGAUAGGGUGGUACAAGUUAACAGCGCGAUCACAGAGUAAAGUAAAACGAAACUACAUGUAAUACACUGCUGUAGCUCUUUAUUCAUCGGAACGUGUGUUCAUCCCCCCUUGCUCCAAAUUUUACACCUGCUAAACCACUACAUUUAAGUUGUGGGAAACUUAAACAGCUUUCAGUAUUAGGAGAAAAAUAAUGUACAUGUCCAUUGCUUGAUUGGGGCUUUUGCCGCAUUACCCAAAGAGAAAAAGAGAACAAAAGAAAACGCUCACAAGGCAGAAAAUCGACGACCUGCCAUAAAGGACUAGUCCGGUUUUUUUCCACACGCUUCGUUUCUUAAGAGGGCAAUUAACAUGACUACCAAUAUCCAGCUCAAGGGUGUACCUGUAGUUCUUGCCAUCCACUUUGAUAUGCACGGAGAACGUUAAAAUUUGUGAUUGUGAUGGUAUCUGUACGUGUUCAGAUGUAGACACAACGUUAACCUUUUUUUUUCUUUUUUCUUUUUCGGCAGCCUCAGAAUUUUUGAAGUUUUUGGCUGUUUUAAUAUCACUACUGCAGGGAUUAGGCUUCUUAGUCAGACUUGCAAGCAUUUGCAGACAUUGAACAUUGGACAGUGCUACAAGGUACAUGUACGAGUGUUACUUAUCCUUGUAAGGAACGAUGUAGAACACUAACGCCAGUAUGCAUAUUCUCUGUACUGUUCUCUGUACAUUUCCGAAGGUGCUGACUAGGAGAAUUUGUUUAACAAUCAAGGGCUUCUCCAGUUAGUGACCACCUCCUCCAUUGUCGUGUCCUUGUUGUUUGAUGAUGGGAUGAUAUUGUAAGGAGAAAUUAGAUGCUAAUCAUUCUUAGAAGGCAAAGGGUUAAAGCGCGGAAAAACGCGAGUUACCCGAGUGGCAGUUGUGUUUGGUUUUGAGUCUGAGUGAUUGGAUAUCGUCAGAGCUUUCUAGACCAAUCCCAGAGAGUAAUGAAAUGAAACCAGUGCAGUCUUCCUUUAACGCUACUCGAAAAUUACUCUUAUUCGGUGGUGAAUGCUCUGCUGUCCAUAAUGCUCCCGCUGUAGAAUCUUAUGCGACUAGCGUCCUACAUUUUGCUAUGAUUUUGAUUCAGGCAAACUAUCAAUGGAUUCCAAAGGAUCCACUCGACCUGUUUUGAAGUUAAUACGUAGUAAAUAAGCAAACUUCCUGUUUUGUGUUACUCAUAAUACUGAACAUGUUUUGUUUCUUCCCAGAUCACUGACUCUGCCAUUGGCUCCUUGGUGUCCAGUCUUCCAGAACUAGAGAACCUUGAUCUUCGAGGGUGUAAACAUGUACGCUACAGUUCUUGACCUAUUGCAUCAGAUUUUCUAAUAUUUUUGUUUAUGUAUAUGCAGCUUUUACUUACAUGUAGAUGUAGGCUCAGAGCUAUAAAUAUUUUUGUGUCAUCGGAUAAUGUCCGACUUAUGAAAUCUUAUCACAUUCGGACAGUGUAGGGACAUUUUUUCUAUUAAAAGAUCAGUGAAUGAAAAGUGAGACUCGGUCUAAAAAAAACGUGCUUUUUAAUAAAAACCAGUCAUGUAAAAAAGGAAAAAAAUAAUAAUGGUGAUAAAUGUCCACACACACACACAAUUCUGUUAUUCUAGCCGUUAAAAACGACGUCAUUGGACGUUCAUGUAGAAUUAUGUCCGUUGAAGGAGGAGAAUAUUAUAUUUAUAGCUCUGCAUAGUUAAAUUGAACACUGAGUAAAAUACUAGUGUUCAAAUGAAUAUGUAAAAGCUCAAAAAUGUCACCGCUUGUUUAUCGGAUUGGUGCUUUUACAGUGUAUCUUCUUUGGAGAAUUUAAACGUUCCUGAUUGUUUGUAUCCAGGUACGCGAUUCAGCUGUGAAGAAGAUUGUCCGUCACUGUCCUUUAAUAACCACACUUGCAUUGGCUAACUGCCCUUUGAUUACAGACGUGUCUUUGGCAGAGAUCGCCACUAACCUUCCAAGAAUAAGGUGAGGCACUCUACUAAGUAAUAAGAUUGAGUGGAGUCAAAUAAGUACAUGGAUGUUUCAUGGAUAAUAAGCCCUCAAGGGAUCGCUUUCUGUAACAAUACGUGUUUCGCUGACUUGAAAUUUGCUGUUGGUACAAUCCAGGUCGUGUUCUAUGCAUUUAUUAUUUUCAUUUGCCGCGUUUGAUGAGGGUCAAAUUGAAAGGGUUCUCUAAAACACAGCCGUCAAUUAUACCUGUGAGCAUUAAUCUGCAAUAGAGUACACUCCGUGAAAUCGUACAAUUGUAAACCAGUUUAAUUUGGUUUAAGCAACUAAGUUGAUAAUGUAAAUUGGCCACCAUAAAGAGUUUCUAAAGUUGACGUCUCGAGCGUUAGACCUUCGUCAGAGCAAGUAACGAAGGUCUGACGUUCGAAACGUCUACUCUUGAAACUAUUCACGGUGGCCAAUUUACAUGAUCAACUCAGUUGCCAAACCAAAUUACCUAGUGAUACCUUCCAUCACCGACGCAGCACCAAAGUUUCGUCAGAAACUAACCCCCUUUAUUCAUGUGUAAACCAAUUUUUUUUUGGUUCAACAGGUCUCUUGAUAUAUGCGGCUGUUCAAGAGUGAGCGACAAAGGUAUCUGCGCUCUUUCAAAAAACUGCCACAAACUGGAAUUAUUAGACCUAACUUCCACUGGAGUGGGUCACAAGAGGUUGGUAGAUGAACCUUUGACUCUAAUACUCCCUUUGAGACACCAUACAUGAAGCUCUCCUCGUGUGUUAGAUAGGAGAAAUUUUUUUGUCAUAUCAAUAUAACAUUCAGUGGCUGAUCAGGUUGUCGAUUCUUAUUAGUUGUUUACUCUACCGAAGUGUGAUGUUGCGAGGAGAAGCUACAUGUACGUACGUUGUAGGAAUUUAACGGUUUGGCGAGUCCUUGGAAAUCGUUUUCUUGGGAUUUUUUUUUUAUUAGUAUAGCACCCUUUUUUCGCCCAGUUUUCUGCGGUAGAAAAGGUCUUCUCCAUUUGUUGGUUAGGACUUGGGGUUAAAAAACAACAGACUCAAUUCAGCCAUUACAAGAUCAUGAUAUCGUGGGUGACAUAGUGGAAACCACGUCAGUUGAUCAGUUAUUGUUGGGAUCCCAGCGAGAUCGCCCAUCGAUUUUAACUCUCUCUUGGGGUCGGUUCACUCGUUCAUGUAUGAUCGCUAAAACGGCGUAUUAUUUUCCUAGUAACAUCGGAAAACCGUACAACGUUACCAAGUCAACAAAAGUUAAUCUCAGGGAUGUUCUUAAUUUUUUUUCUCCUUCGGUCUAUGAACGCCCUCUGCUGCUACAAUUGGAUGAUUUUGUGAUUAAAACUCAUCCAGGGCGUGAUCGGUGUCGAAAUUGCGUUAACAACCUCGCUGUCUCCCCCCCUUAUGGUAACGACUGAGUGAUUACCGGUCCUCUGGUGUACAAAAGGAAAACUCGUUUGUUUUUGUUUAUUUGUUUGACUUUUAGCGUCUUGUCACUCGCCAACUACUGUAGUCAGAGUUUGUGUAAUUUGAAGCUGAGUUUCUGCACAGAAAUUUCUGAUGAUACGGUGGUUCAUCUUGCCAAACAAUGCAAAAGGUAAGUGCGAGCAUCAAUGGUUUGGUACAUUUUCUUUUUACAGAUAUGUAACCAAUUAAUUUUUCGUGAUAUUUUAUAAAGACUUCAACAACUAAUUUAAUUCAGAAUGAGCCAUCAGACUUACUAUUCUUAGCGUUCUUUGUUUACUUCUCUUUACAUCUGUUUGUCCAUUUAUUUGUAUGUAUGGUAGUUUUUCUUCAAAUUCACUCGACUCAAGUCCUGAGAAGAACUUAAAAAAUGGCUUUGUCCUAUACUUGCAGUGACUGAGUUUACCUACUCCCCUUUUCUCUCCUCAGAUUAACUAUGCUUCACUUGUAUGGAUGCAAACGAAUACGUAACACAUCGAAACUCAGAUUGCUCUACCCAGCUCUUACGAUUGAGUGUUAA